AUGAGCAAUUCCGAAGGCUCUAACGAAAGCUCAAGCAAAACAGAUGUAAGGUCAAAAUCUCUACCCACUGGAGAUCGUGGAUUCAAGAAAAGAAGACUGGUCCAGCUUGCUGCGAAAUUACCACAAUCGCCAUCUCCAACUGAACAGAAGGUGAACAACUGGCUCAUCGGUACACCAAAAGCUAAGAUCGCAAGCAAAUGUCCUGUACCAGGCUGUAUCAUCCGCAAUUGUAAAUUACAAAGUCAUCGGCGAUGGAAGCCACUAGUCACAGCCCGGGAACCAUCACUAGAUCGGGCCACUUCAUCGGCGAAACCCCCUUCACCGCACGACUUCUCAAUAAUAAAGGGCGGCGUCGAGGGUCUGCCAACUUUACCUCUUGCUUCUCUACGGAAACCCAUCUACCAAAAACUUUUCCACAAAUUUUGCGUCGAUGUUUGGGAUAGGAUCGCUAUCCUCCUCGGUCCGCCAGCUAGAUCCGCAAACGAGGUAGAACGAUUGAGGCGCGAAAAAAGCAUGAUGCUUGCUCAAGCGAUGGAAACGCCGGCUUACUUGCUGAAUUUCAUCGUCAGUGCUUAUCUCUGUCUUGUGUUGAAUGAUGAUCACACCGCCCAGGGCGAUGACCUACUUCACCUCCAGGUCGAGCUCGCUAAGCAUCUCAGAUUAAAACUCGACGAAUUCAAUCCAGCAGAUUUAGAUCAGCUGAUUUGCAUCGUGCUGACAAUGGUCAUGUUGGAGAUCAUGUGCAGCAAGAAGUACGAUAAUCUUGCAUCGCACAAGCAGAUCAUGGUGUACCUCGUGCAGAGCCGAGGCGGCAUACACAAUCUUGGCAGGUCAGUUCCGUACGUGCUGAAUACGGACCGUAUUAUUGCCUUGUACACAGGUCAACCACCACUAUAUUGUCCGUGGAAGGAUCCAGCGCUUAGUCCCCAGAGAGCAGCUCGCCAUCCUCAGUCGUGCGGAUAUUUUUUCGAAGACAAGCCAAGAGCCGCACUUCUGGACCCAGAUAUUUCCUGGUACUGUUCUGCGACAUGCCGUGCGAUAGAAAUUCUCGAGGGGGAGGACUGGCACUUUCAGUCAGGACAAAUGCGUGAUUCAUCCGAGCUCUGGUACUUUUACUUCCUUCGUGACCAGAUCGUCUCGAACUAUGCACAUCUCAAUGCUCGUUUCUGGCACGAUACUUCGAUAUCUCGGUGUGUCAUGCUGGCCACGAAGAUUGUGGAGUAUAUCGUGCUUGUCGACAACUACAUUGUGACACUGCCACUCUUCUUCGCGGACACAUUACGAGACGUGCUUUGCGCUCAUGAACUCGAAAAAGCCUGGCAAGAUUCGAGUAAUAUCCUCAGAUGGAUCCUGUUUGUUUUGAUAAUCUAUCCCAAACAGUGGAGCGGACACGAUUGGGCACUUCGACUUACCAAACAGCGACUAGACCUUGAAUAUGGAAAACUUUGGCCACCUUCAUGGAACCUUCUUGAAGUACUCAAUGCUCGUCAGUUUGUAUGGGCUGGUAGUUAUAUCCGCCAAGAGUUUAAAAGUGCUACCGAAGAGCUGCGCCAGUUGAAGGCAGAAGAAGAUCUGAAGGCAAAACGAUUCGACUGGUUGGCACCCACGAUCCGUACAAAAGCCACGAACCCUUCUUCAUAUAAGAACCGUACUUGA